AGCUCGCCUUCAGUCAUUUCCGGGUUGUCAGUCCGUGUGGACGUGCGUGAUAAUGGUGUGAUGAGACACAGGAAAGAUCUGCAUUAAGUCAUGGAUCUGAGCAUGAAGUCACCCAGUGAGCCGAAGAGCGUGGGCGUGUUUCCACCGGCUGCCCAUAGCUCUGAAGCGCAGGAGUCUGAUUUAGGAGAGGAUCUGCUCCCGUCAGGUGCUUCCUAUGAUCCGGACGAGCACUCCAAGAGUCUUUCUGCCAGAGCCAAGCCGUUCCAGUGCUCCCAGUGUGGGAAGGGGUUUUCCCGGAUUCAGCAUCUGUCCGAACACGUGCGGAUUCACACGGGAGAGAGGCCCUUCGAGUGCCUGGUGUGUGGAAAGACUUUCACCCGGGAGAGAGACCUCAAGACUCAUCAGAUCGUCCACAUGGAUGCGAAGGCCUUUCACUGCGCGAUCUGUGUUAAAAACUUCUCCCUGUUAUCCUCCUUGAGAAGACAUCUGCGUGCAUUUCAUCAAGGUCAGGAUGUUAGUACAGAGGGCAAGUGUUUAAUUUGUGUUGAAUGUGGGAAGAAUUUUGCAUGCCAGCUGGAGGAUCAUGAGCUGACACACACCGGAGAGAUCUCCCACCGCUGCCCCGACUGCGUCAGCAGCGUCACACAUCUCUCCAGUCUCACAUCUCCCGAACAGACCUUCUCUGAAACAGAGGACAUGAACCAUUUGGAUGCUCAUGACGAUGAGAGGCCUUGCAGCUUUGAGGCCUCUGAAGAUCUACACAAGCACUUACAAACGGACGCACUUGAGCACGGUAGUGAAUCUCUCUCUCUGGAUCUAGUAGAGAAUGUUGAAAGCGAAGCACCUAAUGAAAACACUGCCCAAAGUCAACAUGAAGAGGCCGAGAGAGCUCCAUCUCCUUCAUCUGAGCUCUCUCACAAUUCUGCUGAAAGGGGCAUUGAAACACUGAAUCCUCUUCAGGAGCAAAACAAGCCGCAUCAGUGCAGUCACUGCGGAAAGAGAUUUCAUAAGCAAGCGAAGCUUCGGAUCCAUCUGCACGUUCUUAUGGGAGUGAAGCCGCCCAGCAGCCUGCAAGCACACAUGCAGUCCCAUCUGAACAAGCUGCAGGAAGGUGAUGCUGUGACCGCCGGAGCUGAUGUGCUUACUCCUGAGGAGGAGGACCAGGGUGAGCCAGAGGACGUGGAAGGAGCCUGCGGUGUUUCUGCUUUAUCGCAGCUAUCAGCCAGAGCUUUCUGGAAACCUUGA